UUUUGACAGCAGUUGGCUUACAAGCACUGUGAAGUGAAGGUGUUAGCGCUACGGCGUUGCGUCCGCGGCUUUCUCGUGGAUUUAUUUAUUACAGUUACAGAAAAUGAGCUUGGAUGUCCUUAUCCAGGCCGCAGAAUAUAUCGAGCGGCGGGAGCGGGAAAUGGAGCAUGGGUAUGCCUCUACCUUACCGAUGCCCGAGCACUUCAGGUACAAAACGUCUAAGCGAUCUCGAUCGAAAUCAAAGCUACAAAGUAAUAGGACCACGCACAACGAAUUGGAAAAGAACAGGUAUGGCGGACGUUUUUUGGGUCAUCAGAUUGGUUGGAGGGCUCACCUUCGGACGUGUCUUGAGAAAUUGAAAGAAAUGGUUCCCUUGGGUCCCGACGGCUCCAGACACACUACGCUUGGCCUUCUUACACGAGCUAAGCAUUUUAUUAAGAAUUUGGAAGACAAAGAGAGGAAGCAGUCCGCCCACAAAGACUUCCUAGCCAGAGAACAGCGGUUUCUAAGGCGGCGGCUGGAGUCUCUCAGCCACCACUUCGUUCCCCACCUCGAUAUGGAGAUGAUGGGCAAGCGACGAUCCGUCUCGGAGAGUUCGUCCCAUUCCUCUUCAUCGUCUUCUUCGUCAUCAUCGUCCUCGUCUACCUCAGAAUCAGGUGAGCUGCUCAAGGAAUUCGCAUCCGCACUGGCCUGCCCACCCUCACACAACACGGAGUCCGAUGAGGUGGACAUCCUCGGUUAUGGGAGCAACCAGAGUGACACCGAUGACCAUUCGUCCAUCCAGUCAUCUGCAAGCGAUGGGGGAGUCACCGUCUCCACUCGCCGUCUGACUAUUACGGAACCCCCUUCACAUGCCCUCUAGGUAGUGGCAGUCUUGUAGGAGUGAAGAGUCGCAGUGGUACCAAGCAACAUUGGAUCUGACACAAGACUUUUAGAUACUAUGGUGAUAUAAUGAACUCUUAUGAAGACUCCUUUAGUGAUGAAAGCUAACAAAUCUCAUUGCCAAGAACAGAGGGAGAGAGAGAGAACACAAGUACAGCAUAGUUCAGUCCUGUUACCAUUUCCUGUAUGAAGCUAGAAUUCCUCCACCCGACUUCUAUUUCAUGACAUGUCUGAUCCAUCAGUUUGUUUAGAUUUUCUUGAUAUUUAUUUUUUUAACCUCCAAGGAAUAAGAAUAGAAAUUUCCUCUUACACCAUGGUAUCAGAAAAUCUUGUCUGCUGGUUUGAGAGAUGAAGAAGCAACAAAAAAUAAAUAAAUAUAUAUAUAAAGCACAUUGUUAUCAUUGAAGAUGUGAACUUUUAAAUGGUGAUUUUUAAAUUGUAUGUGAGCACUUGUAGAGAAGUGCUCAAUGGAUGCGUGAUUGCUGUGCAGAUAUUUAAAAUAUUUUGCUUAUAAAAGGCAGAUGUGAAGUAUUUAAUAAGGAAGAUGUGUAAAUUUUUUUGUCAGAUGUAAGAUCGUUUUAUCAUGUUCAAAAAUACCCAGCCCUUUCUUCCACCCAACCAAUCCAGAAGAAGGGAACAAAAACGAAAACACUUACUCUGUACACAUGAGUGCAUAGUAGCUUUGUGUUGGACUGGUGUAAAGGAAAAAUCCGUUCUAGUCACAUUAAAGAUUUUCCCAAAAUGAAUACCACUGCAUUAUCAGUGAUAUUCCAUUUAGUUGCUUCUAUUCAAACUAUGGAAUAACAGCAAGAGUUUAUAUAUUUUUUGAUAAGGCAAGAAGGUUAUUAUAAAAAUGGUUGGUAGUACAUCCAAAUAAAUAAAAGGCCACUGACUUGAAAAUAAUAACAAUGAUAAGUAAACUACUAUUGUUGAGAAUAUGGAAGGUUGGUGUUGGCAGCGUGUCCUGCCUCCCACCAACCUCUUCUUCUUUCACCAUCCGUCUUGGACAAAAUGUGUUUUCCUUAAUAUUUUGCAUAUUAUGAGCACCAGAUGACAAAUUCUUUCUUAUCUGGUCGUGUCCUUUAAAUUUCAAUAAGACGUAGAACGAAUAUCUUCCUGAUUGUUUUUUUCGUAGUUAUUGGUAGUGCAACAAUUUGUCCAUGAUGGAAAACUGUCGAGUCAUCUUACUAGUAACCCAAUCCACUGUGGAAUGUGUCAACAGAUCUCCACCCCCUUCCCUUAAAAUGAAAACAGAAAAAAAAUAAAAAAAAAAGACUGCCCAGGGGUCCCCCUCCUUCCUUUCUUCCUUCCUUCCACCCUCCCUUCCUCCCUCCCUCCCUCCCUUCUUGAAAAUCCUCACAUUAUAGUUUAUAGGUUUAUAGUUGUGAUAUUCUCUGGCUCAUUCCUGUUAACCUUUGCAAUAUUUUAUAUUUUUAUUCAAGUCUCAUAUUUCGCUGCACUGUUUCUGCCCUGAAAUUAUGAAUCUUUAUAUAUAAUAUAUAUUAUAUAAGCACUGUACUACACCUUAUGUGUCAAGGUGAAGCCAGAACCAAACAGACUGUUUUAACAUUCAUAUUUCAGUAUUUCAUCUGCCAUUGUGCGUCAUUAAUGCAAUAUUUAAAGAGACUUUUUCUUACUGACACAAGAGUGAAGGCGAGUUGGUGCUAAACAAAUGGAUUUUUAUUUAUUAUUAUUUUUUGCAAGUGUGGUCAUGUUUUACUGCCAGAAUAACAAGCAAUGGUGACUGGAUUCGAAUUGAAAUCUUAGCAGAUGCUAAUACUGCAAAUCAAAUAGCUGUGAUAGACCUUUAUGGAAUGGGACUGAAAUGUGUACUGUAUAAACUCUAUAUAUAUGCACACAUUCAUAUGUUUAUGUGUAUAUAUGUCCACAUUUAUAUAACUAUAUAUUGCAUAUACAUGUAACUGUGUACUUGCAACACAUACAAGUUAUAUACAUGUUUUAAUCCACUGGAUACACGCACACAAACAUGUAAAUAUGUAGGAAAUAUAUACACGUGUACAAACUUACAGAAAAGAAUUGUAUACGCGUAUACUGUAAGCUGCAUAUGUAUGUGCGCUUGAAUGUAAUUGUAUGUAUUUACACAGUAUGCUGUAUAACUACAGUAUUCAUAUAUUUACAAUAUGUUUAUAUGUGCACAUAGAUAUACAGCAUAUGUAUAUGCUUAUGAGUAUACGAAUCUGUAAGUGCAUGUAUAUAUAUAGAUACUUAUACUGUAAAAUGAGAAUUAAUGCAAUAAUACUGCCAUCUUUUAACUGCCAUAAAUGAGAAUGCAAAUAUUUCUUCCACAAUUUUACUGGAUCCCCAUAGUUUGCUUAUACUGUGUUUAUCUACAAACUAUAGUACACUAUAUAUUUAUCUGCUUAGGUUCUGGCCUUGCCUAUGAUUAGAUCAAACUCUUUUGAUAUUGUAUUUUGUAAUUUAGCUGUGAAAGUUUGCUAGCAAGGCUCCGAUGAUGGGACGCCUGGGCCAUGUCUCUUGUACAGUGUAUAUACUGACUAGUACAACAAGUAGAGUCUGGACACAGGGUACCAGCCUUUUCCACUGGACUCCUGGUAGCUUUAAUUUCUGCUAAUUCCAUAGGAUUUUCUCAUUUAUAUUCUUUAUAUUUUAUUAGAUUUUAUUUAUUUUCAUUAUUGUAUCUGUAAUGGGAUUGGCUUGAAAUGCUCCAGUGAAUCGUCAUUUCAUUUUAGUACACCCUCCCUCCCCCCAAAAAAAGUUUAUGUAUAUUGAUUUAGCUUGUAGCAGAUUUUAGUUAUAGAUUUUAUUGUAGAGAAGACCUUAUUGAAGAACCUUACUGCCCUACUUUAAAGCACUCAGUGUGAAAACAGUGAGACCUUGUUCUUACAGACUUUAAUACCAUUUGCAGAAGCACGCACACACCUCAGGACACUUGUCCAUGUAUGUGAGCCACUAUGUGCAUGUAUGGUAAUCUACCAUGUGUUCAUAGAUUUAUGUGUACCUGAGGUGCUGCUUGUAAAUGUUGUGGCCACAAGCCGUCCCAAGAGGUAUUGGGUGGUGCUCAUACAAUUUCUUGGAAUUUGCUAUCUUGUUCAAUAUUAACCUAGGUGUGUGGACUUCGAAAAUGACAUUUCCUCUAAGGCCUGCACUUGUUUUAAACACUAAUUAGUGGUAAUUAGUAAUUUCUUUAUCAGUGCUCCCCUAGCUUCAAGAAUGUUCAUGUGUAGCUGAGAGUAAAUGCUAAUGUGUUAAGAUAAACAAAUACAAGCCUUACAAAUUUUCAUUUAACUUCUGCAUUUUUUCUUCUCUAGUUUCUGCAAACUCCAUUCAUCAGUAUGUCAUUUCUAUGCACCACCCAAAGCCUUCCAAAGUAAAAGAGUUCUGGCUUGGCUUUCCCACAGAAAAAAGAAUAAAAGUAACCCCAUGUUAAGCUUAGAUGUGCAAUAAUUGUUAUUGAUAAGCUGACAUUGUUAGAUUGACCUGCAAUGGAGUACCACUGGCAAAGCAACAGUAUCCUGUGCACUCUCAGGAAUUUUCCUCAAUGGAUUGAAAUCUACGCCACAUUUCUAGAAACUAUAUAUCUAUGAAUUAUAGCUUGGGUAUCACUGAGCUGUGAAAGUAAACAUACUAAACUUCUCUACAUACAUCGUUAUUGUUGUCAUUUUUACAAGUGAGGCUUCUAUAAGAAAAAUUAAUGACAAAACUUACCUUUGUCAUGCAUUUGCCAUGAUUUGGUUUCAAAUCAAGAAGAGAUAUUUCCCUAGUGAUAAAUUAAGUUAAAAAGUGUUUGUGGGUAAAUUGUUAGCAUAAGUCUUCAUGACACCAUUACCCACAGGGCCUUCAAUGUUACUGUAGUCAGUCGCUACCAACCAGCUGUAUUAUACUUGUGCUGCCAGGCUACAGAUUAUCUAAUGAAGAGUUACUAAACAAAAGAGGUUUAAGAAUGUUUCAUCUUAAAUAUUAACUCAUUGUACCAUUAGCUUCAGUGGAUGUCACGGCCCUUAGUACUGUAGACCUGGCAUCACAGUUUAUAUUUGACUCUGAAUGUGAGUGGAAAUUGCAUAUUUUUGCAUCUUUCACUACCACCUUACCAAGUAUUUUUGCAUACCUAAAUUGGAGUUUUAUUCCAGUUGUUAUGCUUUCAGAUCAGGUGAAAAGGAACUUCUGUAUAAAGAAAUUUGCACCCCAUUUCAUUUUUAAAAAAUCAUUUAUAAGAUGUACUAGUAAUUUGACUGUCAUUACAGUUACGGCUACCAAAUAACUUUUAAAACCACGAUGUAAGACUAUCUCUGUAGUCUUGUGUAAGAUAUGGUACAGGUGCUUCAGAGUCAUCUGCGACACUGAGGUUCUUCCCUCUAUUACUUUAGUUUGAUCUCGUGAGAUGCCUGGACAAAAUGCACACCCUUACAACAAGCACGUGCGUGAAGUGCCCAUUCACAGCAGUGCAGAACCCAGACUCAAACCAACAGUGAACAUAUAGCGUUUUGGGACAGUUGUAGUGUGCAUUAUGUCAUCUGGUGCCCACCCGAGCACACUGACAAGUGCAGCCAUGGCCAAAGUGCCCAAGGCCCAUCACCUGUCAUCACCAUUCCUUAUCAUUAUUGUUCCCAAUUUACUUCUGUGUAAACCUUGACAGAGUCAAGAAGCACAAAUGUGUAAGAGAGCAAAGAGAUUUCUACUCUUUAAGAGUUGAGAGAAUGAAAUAUAGUUGUGCAUAAACACUAGGGCGAUGGUGGUGGCGGCAGGUGGGUGGUGAUGUGUACACCUUUAUCCUCAAUGGAACAGUGGGGUGGGUGCUCACAAAAAAUGUACAAAAUGAAAAAAUUGUUCAUAUUGUGUCUGAAUGUGUCUUGCCCUUUCUAAUUCCUUCGCAAGCUAUGCAGGAGACGGGGUAAGUACGUACUAUAUUAUCAUCUCAGCAGGAUAGGGUUUAAAAUGUCUUUGAAUUAUGCUACAGUGGAGGCUACUCGAAUCCCACUGCCUCCUCACGAUACCCCGUACCCUAGCAUUGCUGUAGGUAGAAGUGCCCAAUCCUUGUUCCUUUAAUUGUAUUAAUUUCUCCUAUGUGUUGGAUUGUCUGAUAUGCUUCAGUCAUCCAUAGAAACACUCAAUGCAAAAACAAAAAUUAUCAUCUGUGUCUUAACAUUUCAUCCACCCUUGCCUCAGACCUGUCAACAAAACCUCUGCAUCCAGUUCAGAAAAAAUACAAAAAAAAUAUAAAACAAUCCAAUAACAACUAAUCCAUGUGUGCUUGUGAUGUUCACUACUUAACUGAAGUGGGGCAACUAGUGUUGUCCACUGAGCAGAUGUUUACCAUAAAUAGGGUUGACCAUGCUUGACUGAGUGGCUUGGCCCACUAUUUCCACUGAUAAUCGAGCCUAAUGCUGAUCGAGGUAUAUCUACUGAUGGAAAUAUAGUAUUGCUGAAUAGAAAAUAUUUUUUUGUGAAUGUGUUUGAUUUUGUGUGUGUAAAUUUUGUUCAUUUGCUUUUAUUUAUAAUAAUGAAAAUCUUUGUACUGUACAUGAGUAUUUCAUUGUGAAUUGUAUUUGAUUUGGACUGAUUGCAUAUGCAUUGAAAUAUACAGUAUAAAUGAUGUUACAGGGAGGGACUGGCUGGAAGAUGUAGACAUAACACUUAUUCUACACUUCUUUUUACUGAAUAUUUUUACUAUUCUUUUGAUUUUACAAAGGCUGGAAAAAAUGAACUUAUAAGUAGCUUUCCUUUGGCAAGAAGGGGACAUUAUUGAUGUUUUAUGCGGCAUAAUGGAGAGCCUUUGUGUUCAUAUUGACAGGCUUGUUUGUGUUUUGUUAUGUUAUCAGCAUUCUCUCCAUCUGACUUUGAAAAUCCUUGAUGCUAUGUACUGAAAGAACUUGUUUUUUUUUUUUUUCUUCAACUGGUGCAGGUCAGUCGGUGUUCGUUCACUUUUUUAAGAUUUUUCAUGUUUUAAAGUGAUGAUGAAAGUUUGGUUCUUGACAUUUUUAGCAAUACACAUUUUCUCACUUAGUUUUUGUGAUAUCUCCUGCAAGUAUUUUAAGACUAGUUUUAUCACUUGAUAUUUACAGAUCUAUCUAACAAUUAUUCGAGACCAAUUUUACUCGGUAAACCUGUUAUGAAUUGACUCAUAUCUUUCCCGUAAUAAGCACGUAACAACCCGUCCACAAGUAUAGGAAGAAAUCCCAGUUCCUCAGAGUUAAAAGAAGUUAAGUGAACAUCCAGUGACAUACAUAAUUACAGCAAAUCGUGGCUACAGUAUAAAAAUCAUGCACUGUAUUUCAUGAUAAAAGGGGAUAUCCUCCUUGUAAAUUGCAAGCUUUUGGACAUCUUUAUAAUUAUAUAAAAAUUACAUUAAAUUUAAUUAUGUUGUGAAUAAAAAUAAAACCGUCCUUGGCAACGUGUGCCACUGUAAAUUUGUUUGGAAAAUAUAAUUGUGGGAAGAACUGAUGAGACUAAUUGUAAACGAGUUGCAUAGAAACCUCUGCAGCACGAGAGCUAGGAUAGUUGAAUUUACAACACAGGGAUAGGACUUAGCAGGCUUCCAGCCAACGCAAGAUUAACCUUAAGCCCUCCAAAGCAAUUAUUAACAUUUGUAUUAAAAGUUCUAUUCUGGCCAUGUCCAGCCAAAUCUCGACCAUCAGGUUCCAAGAUAUUAGUGGAAACCGAAACAGUCACUCACUAGCCCACGAUCCCCUUCUGUCAAUAGAUCAGCUCCACAAGUUGAACCCGCUAUGUGUCGCAAAUACCAUUAAUGUACAUAUUUCUGGUAACUGUUGUUUCUGUUCUACAUGAUUUUCUUGAAUCUAAAAUAAAAAUAAUUUGUGUA